CCCCCCCCCCCCACUUUUCGCGCGCGAUUUUUUGCGGCCCUGGCUGGCGGCUGGCGGCUGGUGGCUGCGGCAUGGGAUCUUUGCAGAAUGAUCUGUGGAUGGAAGGCCAGAUUUGCCUCACUAGCGGCGGCACUAUUUCUUGGCAACCUUUUGGUGCAAUCGGUGCUUUCCGGUGAGCGGAAAUCGCUUGGCCACAGCUCCGCUGCCGAUCCGGCCGACGCGGAGCCCGAGAGCCCGGUGCGGCGCUUGCCGCGGAGGGUGGCGAGAGGCUUCCUGCCGCUGCCCGUGGCCGUGUACGUGCAGGCAGCGAACGCCAAGCUCUGGGACGAGAUGUUCCAAUGCCUGAGAGCUGUGUUGCGGGGCCAAGCCGAGCUUGGGGGCACCAUCGACCUUAUUGUAUCCGCCACGGACAGCAAAACGGUGGCCAGAUAUCAGCGGAACAUCUCCAAGUUGCCUGGGGUGCGGCGCUGGCGCGUGCUGUUUGUAGAGAACCGAGGAGGCGACAUUGGUCAAUUUCUCCAGCAGAUCGUUGCGGAGCCACCGGGAAGCUACAGCGCCGUGCUGAAGAUACACACAAAAUCCAAGGACAGCUGGCGCAGGAACAUGCUCAAGAACUUGUGCGGCAGUGGGGCUGUGGUGAAAAGCGCCCUCUGGGGCUUCAAGGAGCACCCUGGGAUGAAGCUGCUUGGCCCGCGGGACUUUGUGCACGUGGGAAGGCACGCGACCUUCACCCCGGGCUUUUGCCAAGCCAUGGAGUGUCGGGAGAACGAGGUCGGGAAGGCACGGCUCUUCAUGAGGAAGGAUGAAGAAUCCAUGUCCAGCACCUGGCAGCUGCUGCGCCCGGACUCAGAGGAGCCGCUGGACCAACUCUGGGCCAUUGUGCCGGGCAGCUGCUGGUGGGCCCGGGGCGACAUCUUCCAGGAGCUCCUGGAGGCGGCGCCCCGGCUGCUGGCCAGCAUGGCCUUGGGCGCCUCGCGGCGCGGCGGCUCGGGCCAGGCGCAGCACGCGCUGGAGCGCUGGAUCCCCACGCUGGCGCUGCUGAACAGCACCUUCCUCGGGGAGCUGGAUGCAGCUUGAGAUGGGCUCGGCCGGGUCAUGGCGGCGGUUUCGCUGCAGGCAGCGAGCACGGCGAUGGACGCACAGCACCCGCUCGUCAAAACGGGCAGAGCGAGUGGAGCGCGCCUUGCGCUGGCUGAAAAACAGCCAGCACUAAAUAUG